UUUCUGGGAAUUGUAGUUCAAAAUGUAGAGGCACGCAGAGCAUGACUGUCUUAUCAAAUACAAGUCCCAGUUUCCCUUGCAAGAAAAAGAGCUUUAGAAUCAGGCCGAGGCUUAGAACGCACACUACCGCCUCUUUGUUAUUGUGCUUCCCGUCUGAAUCAAUUCACUGUGUGCAACAGACUGGAAUUACUGAGCUCGGUCGGAGAGACUAUGUACGUGUAGCCGUGUGUCUUUAUCAACACUUCAAUUUCACUAAGUUCGACCUCUGCUAAUGUAUUUACACAUGGCCGACUGUAAGGCAGAUGAGCAAAGUAAUCAGGCACUGGAUGACGAGGAGGACUCCAUAAAAACAGAUAAUGUUGCAGUGUGCUUCUCUGUGGAAGAGUUAGAAUCUUUUGAAGAACGGCAAAAGGAACCUUGCAAGAACAUAAUGAGGGAAAUUCAUCAGACCCCCACCGUAGUGGGUUACAUCUAUGUGAAGCCUGAAACUGUAUCCCUUAUUCGCAGAGGAGAAGAGCUGUGUGUCAGUAGCAAUUUGUACUCAAGAAAACGAGACCUACGUAUAAGUCCUGCUUCAAGUGAAGGUGGAAGUAAAUCAGAUAGUAACGGGAGCACGUUACAUGCUCAAAUCAAAAGGCCCCAUAGCACAUCCCAAAUUAAAAGCAUUAAAGGUGACUCUUCACAAAAUUCACCUCAGGAACCCACACUGAGUAUUAGAGGAAUCCUAGCUAGGAAACCACGUAUUAUUAUCCCAACUGUAAAUCCAGUUAAAGAACACCUAAUCCCCAAAAUGAACAUACAAGUAAUGGAAGAAAAGAGCAGUGAAAUGGCUACUUGUACGCAAAAGACACGCGUAAGAAGGAGAUAUCUUAAAAGGGCUAAAAGUACAAGUGUGGACCAAGUACAAGAUGAACAGAAAACAAACAAAAGAGCAGAGGUGUCUAACCGGCCUAAAAUUCCUAAACCCCCUAAAGUCUAUUCAUGUUCUGAUUGUGGGAAAACAUUCACUCAGAAUGCAAGUCUCAUUAUUCAUCAUAGAACCCACACAGGAGAAAGGCCCCACGCCUGUAAGAUAUGCAACAAAAGUUUUAUUAGCAGCGCCUACCUCAUCAUGCAUCAGAGGAUCCACACAGGGGAACGUCCAUAUGUAUGCAAGGAAUGUGGUAAAAGCUUUAUAAACAGUUCAAAUCUUAUUAUCCACAGAAGAGUUCACACGGGAGAACGGCCCUAUAUCUGUAGCGAGUGUGGGAAAAGUUUUCGGCACAGCUCCGAUCUGGUUAGGCACCAAAAAGUACAUACCGGAGAAAGGCCAUACUCGUGUGAGGAGUGCGGGAAGUGCUUUUUCCGUAGCUCUCAUCUGGUUAGACACAAGAGGAUUCAUGCAAAAGCCUAAAGAUGUGUUUAUAUGGAGAUUUAUUUUUCAUGUACAUAGUAAAGGUAAUCAUUUCUUAAUUUUUAGUUCAGUUUCAGGGUACAAAGCAUUAAUCUUCCUAAAAUUUGUUAACAGGUUACGUUGGCUACACAGUAAUUAUUUGUCUGGUCAUAUCUGCCUGUCUGGGAAGGUCUGGUUUAGUUGGUUAAAGGGGUGGUUCACCUUUUAGUAUGUUUUAGAAUGGCCAAUUCUAAGAAACUUUUCAAUUGGUUAUUAUUUAUAGUUUUUUUUGGAUUUCUUGUCUUUCUUCUGACUUGUUCCAGCUGUUCACAGAUCCCAUCUGAAAAAAACAAAUGUUCUGUAA